CAUCACCUGCGCUGUCCUUGCUGGUGGUCACUAUAAGAGCGGCUCCCAAGCGCCUGUCGCGGCCGGGAGAGCGCGCGCGCGCGCGCAGACGCACGGCACCGCGGAGAGAGAGAGCGCGCGCCAGACAGACAGAGACAGCUGAUGCCUGUCAGAGCUGCGGGGCCGGGAGCUCUCGCGAGAGCUCCCCGAACCGGCCGCGAGAAGUGGGGCUCAGGUGUAAGAGGAGUGCAUCCCGUCGGCGCGCGGGGCUAGAGCUGUAGGAGAAGUGGGAUCGCGAGGCCGGUGCGCGGCGCUCUGCACGGUCAAAGGGAGCGCCGGGCGGCAGCGGCGGCAGCAGAGGAGCAGCAGCAGCCCCCGGCGCGGCCGCCGCCUCCGCGCCGCCAGCCGCCGCGGCUGCAGCCUCCGAAGGGAGGCCGGAGGAGCCGGCGUGCGCACUUUCCGGCAGACUUUCGGAGUGUUUGUGGAUUUACAUGCCAAGCCAUCAAGAUGAUGUCUAUGAACAGCAAGCAGCCUCACUUUGCCAUGCAUCCCACCCUCCCUGAGCACAAGUACCCGUCGCUGCACUCCAGCUCUGAGGCCAUCCGGCGGGCCUGCCUACCCACGCCGCCGCUGCAGAGCAACCUCUUCGCCAGCCUAGACGAAACGCUGCUGGCGCGGGCAGAGGCGCUGGCGGCCGUGGACAUCGCCGUGUCCCAGGGCAAGAGCCACCCAUUCAAGCCAGACGCCACGUACCACACGAUGAACAGCGUGCCAUGCACGUCCACGUCCACCGUGCCGCUGGCGCACCACCACCACCACCACCACCACCACCAGGCGCUCGAGCCUGGCGACCUGCUGGACCAUAUUUCGUCGCCCUCGCUCGCGCUCAUGGCCGGCGCGGGUGGUGCGGGCGCGGCGGGCGGCGGCGGCGGCGCCCACGAUGGCCCGGGGGGCGGCGGCGGCCCGGGGGGCGGCGGCGGCCCAGGCGGCGGCGGCCCCGGGGGCGGCGGCGGCGGCGGUGGCCCGGGGGGCGGCGGCGGCGGCCCGGGCGGCGGGCUGCUCGGCGGCUCGGCGCACCCGCAUCCGCACAUGCACGGCCUAGGCCACCUGUCGCACCCGGCGGCGGCGGCCGCCAUGAACAUGCCGUCGGGUCUGCCGCACCCCGGGCUGGUGGCGGCGGCGGCGCACCACGGCGCGGCGGCGGCGGCGGCGGCGGCGGCGGCCGGGCAGGUGGCGGCGGCAUCGGCGGCAGCGGCCGUGGUGGGCGCGGCGGGCCUGGCGUCCAUCUGCGACUCGGACACGGACCCGCGCGAGCUCGAGGCGUUCGCCGAGCGCUUCAAGCAGAGGCGCAUCAAGCUGGGCGUGACGCAGGCCGACGUGGGCUCGGCGCUGGCCAACCUCAAGAUCCCGGGCGUGGGCUCCCUCAGCCAGAGCACCAUCUGCAGGUUCGAGUCGCUCACGCUCUCGCACAACAACAUGAUCGCGCUCAAGCCCAUCCUGCAGGCGUGGCUCGAGGAGGCCGAGGGCGCGCAGCGCGAGAAAAUGAACAAGCCCGAGCUCUUCAACGGCGGCGAGAAGAAGCGCAAGCGGACUUCCAUCGCAGCGCCGGAGAAGCGCUCCCUCGAGGCCUACUUCGCCGUACAACCCCGGCCCUCCUCCGAGAAGAUCGCCGCCAUCGCCGAGAAACUGGACCUCAAAAAGAACGUGGUGCGGGUGUGGUUUUGCAACCAGAGACAGAAGCAGAAGCGGAUGAAAUUCUCCGCCACUUACUGAGGGGGUGGGAGGUGCGGGGCGGGGCAGAGCGGGGAGCUGAAGGGGCUUUUCGGGAGCUUUCUUUGGGCCUGCUUCCCCCUAGACUUGGAGUGUCCGUUAUCCUGCUUGCAUUUGGGGAGUCCCUCCUCGAGCACUCUCUUCUACCCUCUCUGUGCUCCCUCUGCCCCUGAUCUUCCACAGCAAAGAGGACUGGGUGCUGGGUGUGGACACCCAAGAGCCAGGUGGGGGUUAAAAGAGGGACCUUUUGGGUGAGUGGGGAGUUGAGGGGAAGGAAAGAGGAGACUGGAGGAGGGGUUUUGAGGAGC